AUGAGCGAGUCAAGGAUUCCAGACGGCGACACCGACGCGUUUCAGGUUCUCUCCUGUUGCGUCUCAUUCCUUGGCGUGACGGUUACAGCAAUUUGCCUCUUUCACCGGCUAGUAACCAGUGACAUCUGCUCAUUCCAAAGUCUCCGCAAGAUCUCCGUCUCAAAGACUCUCGUGCUAUCCCUCCUCCUCGACUCGUGGAUCUUUGUCGCAGUUGGUGGGUUCGAUCUAGCGUCGCGUAGGAAGCACAUUUUUCACAUAGCUCCCACAGCCGGCGUGCUAACUCAAGCAGUCGGUUUCUCCAGUGUUGGCCAUUGUUCAACCGCCAUCUGGCUAUGCAUUCUUGCCUACUUCGUCACCAAGAUGAUGAUCUACUUCCUCCUCCUGGAAAAAGUUUACGCAGUCUGGCCAAAUCGUGGCAGUCGGAUGACUUCUCCCUUGUAUCGGUUUGGGUUCUUGAUCACCCUCGGCUUUUGUAUCGUAUUAGGACUCGCAAUUGCUAAUCGAAAAGCUUUUCAUGGCCAGGCCGGCGAAUGCAUGAUCGGAUUCCGCCAAAACAUACUCUAUGGGGUUAUAUCAUUUGACGUCUUUAUCAACGUCGUCCUUACCGCUCUAUUCUUGAUCCCUCUGCGUGGAGUCGUAGGCCAGAGUGUCAGCCUACGAGAGGUGACAAAGCGGAACAUGAUAGCUGCGGCGAUAUCACUAGCUAGCUCACUCGCGAACGUCAUCUCGCUGACGGCCUUACGUGGGCGGGAACACGCUUGGGUUUGUCUUACGAGCUGCUCUGUCGAUGCCGUCGUGAACGCACUUGUCGCCUUUUGGGUGACAAACAAUUCAAACGAGGCAAACCCUUAUAAUCCAAAAGUCGUCCCUGUUGGAUCCCCGACACGAGCCCACUCUCAUUUUCACAAUACGCUGGUGACUAAUGGAGAUACCACCCUUGUGACGAUGAAUGAUCACGGGCAGCUGCGACCGUUCAGUAUCGCUGUUACUCACAACUCGACCCAUUCAGACGAGGACCCGCCACCCAUUCCAAGUACCCACGCUGUCACUGCACACUCGAACAACGCCAUUCCUUAUCCAGACCCAGCGCAAUGCAGUUCCAACAACAAGACAUGCAUCCCUGGCCAUCUCGAGCUACCACGAUUCAGCGAACCGUGGGUAGAAUACCGACCAAGCUCUGCGCUUCAUGGCGACGUUCUCAUUGGAGAAAGAUCCGAGCUAUAUAGGCACGAAUCUGGUUCCCGCAUCUCGUCUCGCUUUUCGCUUUCUUCAGGUUUUGCGUCUAUCAUCAAUAACGGCCAUUAG